AUGUUCGCGAAGUGUAUGUGCAAAGAAAUGCGUGGAUAUUUUAUUGCGAUAAUGAAACUCAUUUGGUGCUGCUUAUUAGCAGUAUUUGUGGCAGUGUCUUUUGCCGCAAUUGACGUGGAAAAGACUGUCAAACAAGUUCAAAGCAUACUCCAGGCAAACCAACAGCUCCCUAGACUUACCCGAGAUGAAAUUCUAGAAUUAUUAAACGACAUAAGGUCUGAAGAUUCAAAAUCGUCAACAUCAACAAAAGAACCAGAGGAAGCAGUUAGUGCGGGUGAAAUACCUUUACAGUACAGUGCAAUCAUAAAUGAAGUAAACCUACCCCUGCCAAACAUACUAGAAAAUAUAGUAGGUGACAACAAAGAUAUACCAGUAACAACCUUAGAACCACCAAGUAUAAAUAUACUACCAAAGAAAAAAAAUAAGCCCCCGCUCUUGACAUCAGAAAAAAGUUUCUUACUACAACAAUUAUACCCGCAAGCACACCAUACACCAGAUAAUAUAGCUACUGAUGAUGAUGAAAGUGAACUAAAUGAUCCUGAAACAACUACAACGAGUAAGCCUACACUAAUGGUAGUACUACCCUAUACUCCACGAGAUGGGUCAUCGUUGCAAGAAUUAUAUACUAGACCACCACGAGUCCAAGUAGUGCAUGAGUCAAGUACAACAGUAAAACCUAAAACGUCAAAACCAUUUGAAAACUAUCCAGAUAAUGCUGGGUUAUCAACAGAAUUGAUUACCAAUUUCCCUGAUGAAUUAAAAGCAUUUCUUGAUGCUCAUGGUUUAAAAGGAAAACCAGGACAAGACAAUUUUUUACUGCCCCUUGAAGGGUUCAAACCCAUGCCACCAGUAAAAAUAGUAGAUGGUACAGUUGAUUUACCUGAGAAUAUUCUACUGACUUAUGAUCUUAUAUCACCAACCAGCGAUUCCAACACGAAAAAUGAAGCUGCAUAUUCAAUGUCACCCAGCAACUUUUUGUAUUCACCGCUCCGGCCAGAGCUGCCAUUCGAGUUAGAUGCUUCGUCGUCAGAAACAAAGGAAAUCAGCAUACCUUUUGACAUGCCAGUCAAAAAAUAUAAAUCAGGAACAGCAUUAAAUUACGACCCAAUUGAAUACGAGUCAGUAAAAGUUAUUCCACUUAACAAAGGAAUUAAUCCUAUAAGCGAACAGAUAAGUAGUAGUAAUGAUCAGAGUAAAAGGCAAGUUACGACUAAUGAAACAACUACAAAGCAAAGUAAAGAAGAAUCUACCACCACUACUUCGACUACUACCGAAGAACCUAAAACAAAUGUUGUGAGUGAAUCAGUAUCUGUAGAUGCCGAUACAGGCGCCUCCAUUUCAGAUCUUGAAGCAUCUUUUGGUGGAGCAGUUCCUCCACAACCAGGUGACUCUGAGUUGCCACCACCAAAAAAGAACGGUUUCUAUUGGAUGCUUGAUUGGAAUAGUUUUCUGGAAGUUGGCGACGGUGAUACUAAAGUAAAUAUACGUUUUGAGCCAAAACUGGGAGAUCCUCAAAUGUUCUUACCGGUUACAGUUCCGUGA